AACUUUCAGAUUUAUAACGACUCAUUCAAUAUGGGGGAGAGUUUUAUUCGUGCCAAAAUACUCAGAGAUGCAGCGGAGGGUAAUGUUAAUGAAAAACGAAAUGGUGGCGCCGGUAUGGAAAAUAUUCACGUAUUGGAACGUACCGACCAAAUCAUAGAAUUGCAAACUAUCAUAAUGGACAGGGAAACAAGUCAUUCGGAUUUCGUAUUCUAUGCUGAUCGAUUGAUUAGGUUGGUAGUUGAAGAGGGUCUGAACCGACUGCCUUAUGCAAACAUUGAAAUAGAAACUCCAGCACAUGUAAAGUAUAAAGGUAUUGCCUUCUGUCGAGGAAACUGCGGUGUUUCGAUAUGUCGAGGAGGUGAGGCGAUGGAGCAAGCUUUGCGGCAGUGUUGCAGAUCGGUCCGCAUUGGUAAAAUGUUGGUAGGUGACGACACAAGAUUGCUAUAUGCCCGAUUGAUGCCAGACAUCAAGCAUCGAAGAGUACUACUUUUAUACCCACUGCUUAGCACAGGUGCCACGGUAAUCAAGGCAGUAUCAGUAUUGGUCGAAAAUGGUGUAAUUGAGGAGAACAUUUUACUGUUAACUUUGUUCGCAACACCUGCCGGCAUCAAACAAGUUAUGGGUCAAUUUCCCAAGAUAUCCAUACUCACAAGCGACAUCAACCCAUUGAUACCGUUUUGGUUUACAACCAAAUAUUUUGGCACCGAUUGAACUAAUCUUUACAAUUUCAAUUUCGACUUGUUCAAAGUGUUAUAAAAUGAUACGCCCUCUGUGUCUCCCCAAGUUCAGGAUUUGUCGUGAACUUUUGUUUUGCUACCUCCUCUUGAAGUUGCUCAGUGAUAAGGAAUGAAAUGAAACGUCCAAAACGUUGAGAAUGUUAUUUCUCAUCAUUUUUUUUUUCGUUCUAUCUCAUUUGUAAUAGAUCCCUCCACGCACAACUCAAUAUUAAAUGCCUGAAGAAAAGUGAACGGCAUAGCGUACUUCUAAUAGUCCAUUCCCCUUGCAUGCAUUGUUAGAGUUUUGUUGGUAGUGACUGCCAAACAUGAUAAACUUUUGUCCACAAUAAAUAAAACAAUGAGUAAAUUGCAUAAAUAUUAUAACAAGGUGACGAGGAGACGAGUACUAGAGUAUUAGUUUCCA